AUGCCCGUAACAGAUUCUAUGGUAAUAUCGAGGGCUGCUAGCCCAGAUCCCUUACUUACGGGAAGACCCUCUACACAAACUAGGCAAUCGAGUAAACGCUCUGCUCAAGCCCAGUUCGUGAGGAAUAUGCAGGAGUUUUUGGAUACCCAUGAGGCACAAAUGAGGUAUCUUGGUUCAGCUGGACAGGCUGUUUGGCAGCAGCUACAAAACCUCCAGGAACAAGUCCAAGGGAGUGGGCAAAUCCUGCACAAGAAAGUACGGCAAGAAGCCAUUGCCCAAAAGCAACAUCUCGAAUCGCUCUUUGAGCUCGUCGCCAAUGUCCGACAAGUACAAGAAGCCGCACGAGCCGCCGACCACGAGGUUCUGGAACGAAGUCAUCAGCAAACCCAGACCCAGCUAAUGGAGGCGGAGCGGCAACUGAGAAUGGUGAGAGAAGAGCGGGAGCAGGAAAAAGGGGAACAACGAGCUCUAUUUGCGCAAUUUAAGCGGUCCGAUGAGGAGAGAAACCAACGGAUAGCCGAGAUGGAGGAACUACUGCAACAACAUCUGUCAGUAGCACCUUCCAUGGCUAGUGCUCCCUUAGACCCUAAUGCACCCCGAACGGUUCCUGUUGGCAAUGGCAAGAACCCCCAAAAUGCUGGCCCUCAAACAUCAGGGAAUGGCAAGCAACCAGAAGAAGCUGGCCCAGCUGGUGGAAAUGGAGGCAAACAACCGGAGGACGCCGGCCCGGUGCAGGGAAACAGUGAGAGGCGACCGGUAGGAGCUGCUCCGGUAGGAAGAAAUGGUGGAAAUCAACCUCCCCGAAACCCACCAAGAGGGAACGUUGGGGGAGACCCAGAACCUUCCGACGACGAUGACGAUGAUAAUAGCGAAUGGUCGCAUGGUCGGAAAAAUUGGAGAAUGAACCGAGGCGGAAACCGGAAUUCGGCGCCGCCUGAGGAUGAAGACAUGGUAGACUCGCUCGCCAAAAUACCCUUCGAGUUCGAUAAUGCCAGAAAGCAUAACCUGCGGCAUUGGCUCAUGGAGUGCGAGAUCUACUUUGAGCAGAAGCCGAAGAAGUUCCGAACGGACAGGAAUAAAGUACUGUUCGCUGGAACGUAUACGUGUGGGUUGGCAAAGGAAUGGUUUAUGGAGUAUAUCGAGACCAAGAUGCUAGGUCCGGCAGCCGCCGACUACGCUACUUGGACUCGAUUCCGUCAGGAGAUCUGA